AUGGCCACGUCGUCGACACCUGGGCCAGCGAUCAUGCUCUUCACGGCGUUUGCUGGCUUAUGCCUCAUCUAUGCAUUCUUGUCACCGUUCUUCAAGAAAGUUCGACAGGCUGCGUGGAUUCUCACCACAGUCGCCAGUGGAACGAUGACCGUUUUGAGUCUCCCUUUUGUCUUCGACUACGUCAAGGGCGGCCUCGCCAAUGUUGAUGAGAGAGCCGCUCUGGCUGGAGGCAUCAAUCGGGGUUUCCAGUCGGCUCUAUUUUCUAUCGCUCUGAGAUCACUCUCCUCACAGGAUGGACACAUCAUAUCCUACAUUUUUGGUUUGGCGGCCAUCAUGGAGCUGCCGACGUUCUUGUUUGGCAUCGGGACUCUGUUCCCUCGCCUCCGAUCUGACAGCCUCUUUGCUGCAACAUUUUUCGCAACACGCAUUUGCUUGCAUAUGGUGCUCAUCGUCACUUACUACCUUCCCACCCAUCGACCACAAGACUCCUUUGUUCCCGCUCUAAUUCUCACAUCGGUAUUCCCUCUACACGCCAUGUGGUUCCUGGGCUGCAUCAAGGGCUGCAUCCGUCGCUCCAAAGAACGCAAACUGGCGCGGCUUGCUGUAAAUACGCGCCGUACUGUUUAUUUGGAUACUCCUGGUGUCACCCUGCGUUUGCGCCGACUUCGUGCACGUGUCGGUCACUGGGUACACACUCGAGCCCCAGUCAAUUGGGUUCGCGAGGGUAGAAUGGGACGACUACCAGCACACCUGCACUACGCGCCGUUAAACACGACUUCCACUCCUCUCUUUCUACCAACGAGCAGUCAUGUUCUUGCCAUUGUUUCCUACUUCGGUUUGGGCGGUCCAGGCAUCGCCUCUGCCUUGCUAUUCCAUCCGACGCUUCCGAAUGCUGGUAUAAUCAUGGAUGAACUCGGCCGUCUUGUGCCCAUACUCGAAGACCGCUGGCUUGACUUCGAGCGGGCAGUUGCGGGUGCCCAGGAUGCAAUUGAGCGUGGCUGGGGAGGGUCAUGGAGUCGCCCGCAAAAUUACACUUGCCCCACUGACGUGUACUACGACCUUGGCCCUUCCAUAUUGACGCGCUUUACGCUCACUGGCCACACCGUGUGGGGCUCGGAACCCGACAACGUGCGAUGGUUCUUACCCGAAAGAGGCAACCUCGUCGUCGACUCUGUCCCAUCGCCAUUUCUCGAGGUCGAGCGCCUUAUUCAAAACAUCUCCGAUGAACACCUGCCUUAUCCCGCGCGGGACGCACCGCUUUGGAGAGUCAGGCCUGAAGUCCGACCCAUGGUAGAGGCUGUUGCAAAGAUGGCUCGGGUCCGACUCCGGCAAUAUAUCGAGGACUAUGCUUGA